ACAUCAAACAUGCCCACUUGGAACCAGAUUCAGAUGCAGCUACGAAAUCCGAACAACCCGGUGGUGUUUUUCGACGUGUCCGUAGGCACCACGGAAAUAGGUCGCAUGAUCUUUGAGUUGUUCGAAGACGUUUGCCCGAAAACAUCGGAGAAUUUCCGGCAGUUUUGCACGGGGGAAUACAGAAAGGACGGCGUACCACUGGGCUUUAAAGGUGCUAUUUUCCAUAGAGUAAUUAAAGACUUUAUGAUACAAGGCGGCGACUUCGUCAACGGUGAUGGCACCGGAGUAUUGAGCAUCUACAACGGCGGAACAUUCCCAGACGAGAACUUUGAGCUGAAGCAUGAUUCUCCUGGUCUGUUGUCGAUGGCAAAUAGUGGCAAGGACACCAACGGCUGUCAAUUCUUUAUCACGUGCGCUAAGUGUAACUUCUUGGACGGCAAACACGUUGUCUUUGGUAGAGUUAUUGAUGGUCUUCUUGUUAUGAGGAAGGUUGAGAAUGUACCUACUGGACCGAACAAUAAACCAAAGAUUCCUGUAACUAUAUCUCAAUGUGGACAGAUGUAGUGACCAUUAUAAAUUUAGAUCUAUAUGUGUAACUCCUACGAUAUAAUUAUAUCUGUACUGAUAUUUUUAAACAAAAUAUAAUAAAAAUGUAAUUUUCAUAAUAUACACAAAUAACUGCUAUUUGGGAAUAUACAUAAAAAUAAGAUAACUUUACACUUCUGGUAAACUUGCAUAGAGCAUUUUUAUAUUUGUUUAAUGUAUUAUUCUAAACUUUUUAAAAUCCAGUUUGAAUUUAUACAAUGAGAAUUAUAAAUAUACUUAAUAAAUUUGCAAAUAUUUGCUAAUCUAUGUAAAAUUA